AUGGCGACGGGCCCGGCUACUCAAUCGCUGAAGUGCGUGGUGACUGGUGACGGUGCCGUCGGCAAAACAUGUCUUCUGAUCUCGUACACAACGAAUGCGUUCCCUGGAGAGUACAUCCCGACCGUGUUUGACAACUACACUGCCAGCGUGAUGGUCGACGGCCGGCCGAUCAGCUUGGGACUGUGGGAUACCGCCGGACAAGAAGAUUACGACCGCCUCAGACCGCUAUCUUACCCCCAAACCGAUGUUUUCUUGAUCUGUUUCUCCAUUGUCAGCCCUCCGUCCUUCGAUAACGUGAAAGCCAAGUGGUACCCCGAGAUCGAUCACCAUGCCCCCAACGUUCCCAUCAUCCUUGUCGGCACUAAGCUCGAUUUGAGAGACGAUCGCGCGACCGCUGAAGCCCUCCGAGCCCGUAAGAUGGAGCCCGUUUCGUACGAGCAAGCCUUGACCGUGGCCAAGGAGAUCCGCGCACAUAAGUACCUGGAGUGCUCUGCGCUGACACAGCGUAACCUGAAGAGCGUGUUUGACGAAGCCAUCCGUGCCGUUCUCAACCCGCGCCCUCUCACGAAAUCUGGGCGCAAGAACAAAUGCCAGAUCUUGUAA